AUGGUUGAGAUGAGGAAGUGUCAUCUCUGUAACAGUCCUGCAAAGGUGUUGUGUGAAUCAGAUCAAGCCAACCUCUGUUGGGAAUGCGAUGCUAAGGUUCACAGUGCAAACUUCCUCGUCACCAAACAUCCUAGGAUUCUUCUCUGCCAUGUUUGUCAAUCGCUAACGGCUUGGCACGGAACUGGACCCAAGUUUGUACCCACCAUCUCCGUUUGCAACACCUGUGUUCACAACAAUAGUGAGAGCUGCAGCCAACAAAAUCAUGAUGAAGAUGAUGAUGACCAUGAUGAUCAUGAUGAAGAUGAUGAUGAUACGAUGGAGGAUCAUGUAGAAAACGAAGAGGGUGGUGUGGAAGAAGAUGAUGAAGAAAAUCAAGUGGUUCCAUGGACAUCUACACCUCCACCCCCAGCUUCCACUUCUUCAAAGAGUGUUGCAACUAGUUCUACCAGGUUCUCCAAUGUUGAAGAGGGUGCCUCGGAUUAA